UAAGAGUUUGGAAGGAUAGUCGUCGUACGCAUGUUUUAAUAUUUCAAAAUAUCUUUUAAAAGGUGAAAAUGAGGCGGAAAUCAUACGAGCUGAAUUCCAACAAUAAUGCCGUCUAUACUAUAAACGGUUCGUCGUCGAAAUCAGAAAUUGUAAAGCCUCCUGAUGAGUUGGAUACUGGGCGAGAAACCAUAAAUCAAGAUGAUUUGGAGGCAAAACCAGAAAAAAAGGAGAACACACAAGUCGUUGGUUUCUUUACACUAUUUAGGUUUGCCGACUGUUUGGAUAUUACCUUGAUGUUGAUUGGCUGUUUUGUUGCUAUGUUACAUGGUGCAGCAUACCCUGCUUUGAUUUACGUCUAUGGUGAUUCUAUAGAUAUAUUCAUUAGUACUGGUAUAUUUGAGAAAUUUCUCAAGUCCGAUGUCGUAUCCGGCUUCCUGGGAACCGUUAAUCUGACAGUGGAAUCUGUCCUUAAACAACCACCAAUUUUAAAAAGUCAUUGUGAAUAUUUGUCAAAUUUAACCGACGGUAACUAUACAUGUGACGUCAUACAACCUCAGUUAACCAAUCAGCUUCUAGAUCAGAUGUCAACAUAUACCUAUUAUUAUAUUAUUAUUGGCUGUGCUGUAAUAGUGCUGGGGUAUUUACAAAUAACAGUUUGGAUGACGUCAGCAGAGAGACAGGCCCACAGAAUACGAUUAGAGUUCUUCCGGAAUGUGAUGCGACAAGAAAUUGGAUGGUUUGAUACGAACGAUACGGGUGAAGUAAACUCCAGAUUAGCAGAUGAUAUAAAUAAAAUCCACGAUGGUUUAGGAGAUAAAAUAGGAUCUAGUAUACAGUGGAUAUCAGCUUUUCUUGCUGGAUGUAUAGUAGGUUUUAUAAAUGGUUGGAAAUUAACUUUAGUAAUACUAUCAAUCAGUCCAUUACUUAUUUUAGCCUCAGCACUCAUGAGUAAGCUAGCAGGUAGUAUGACCAACAAAGAAUUAAAGGCCUAUGCCAAAGCUGGAUCUAUAGCAGAAGAGGUUCUAAGUAGCAUAAGAACUGUUAUUAUGUUUGGUGGACAGAAGCUGGAGGCUGAGAGGUACACUACUAAUUUGAGCGAUGCCAAGAAAUAUGGAAUACGUAAGAGCAUUACUAAUGGGUUAUGUAUGGGUUUUCUUAGCUUUAUAAUAAUGGCGACCUAUUCAUUAGGAUUCUGGUAUGGAGCUAAAUUAACAGUUGACGAACCAGAUAACUACACAGCGGGUAAAAUGUUGAUGGUAUUUUAUGCUGUAUUUGUGGGAUCUUUCUCUCUGGGUAAUGCAUCCCCAGGGUUACAAGCAAUGUCUACAGCACGAUCUGCGGCUUAUACUGUGUACAAGCUUAUUGAUAAGGUACCCAGUAUAAAUAUAUAUAGUGAAACUGGUGUUAAACCGGACACACUGACAGGACAUAUAGAAUUCAAGAACGUUCAGUUUACCUAUCCUGCUAGACCAGAUGUGAAGGUAGGUGCCACUCAAAUAAUUCUUUAUUUGUGUAAGCUAUUAUUGUAUAUAAUAUUUGUAUUGAAAUGUAUAAAUUACUUGAAGGUGAAUUUAUAUAAACUCUGGCUUGUUUUCAAAUCCAUAAUAUGA